GGAUUGUAGUAAUCUCUUUUGUAAUUAUCUACAAAGUUAAGAGAAGGCACUUCUCAGGUAAUACAUUAAUGGUCUGCUGGAAAAGUGGUGCAAAGAAUGAUCAAAUCAUUGAUGAGGAAUUCAUAAAGAAGUACGGAUCAAUAGCACCAAAGCGAUAUACUUAUUCAGAUGUGAAGAAAUUGACCAACUCAUUCAAAGAAAAAGUAGGACAAGGAGGAUUUGGUGUUGUAUAUAAAGGGAAGCUACCUGAUGGGCGUCUAGUGGCAGUGAAAAUCUUGGGCGCAUCUAAAGGUAACGGAGAAGGAUUCAUCAACGAAGUUGCUAGCAUUAGUAGAACAUCGCAUGUUAAUAUAGCCACUUUUCUAGGUUUCUGUUAUGAGAAGACUAAAAGAGCUUUAAUCUAUGAAUUUAUGCCUAAUGGAUCUCUUGAUAAGUUCAUAUAUGAUAAAGGACCUCCAAUUACAAAUUGUCACUUGGACAACAAGACUAUGUUCCAAAUUGCAAUUGGCAUUGCUCGAGGACUAGAAUACUUGCACCGAGGUUGUAACACAAGGAUCCUACAUUUGGACAUAAAACCACACAAUAUACUUUUGGAUGAAGAUUUGUGUCCAAAAAUCUCUGAUUUUGGCCUUGCUAAACUAUGCAAAACAAAAGAGAGUAUUGUAUCACUAACAGGCAUGAAAGGAACGAUUGGUUUCAUUGCACCAGAAGUAUUUAGUCGGAACUUUGGUGGAGUCUCUCACAAGUCCGACGUUUACAGUUACGGAAUGUUGGUUCUUGAAAUGCUUGGAGGAAGAAAAAAUUUUGAUAUGGGAUUCUCUCAUACCAGUGAGACAUAUUUUCCACACUGGAUUUAUACGAAACUUGAACAGAGCAAAAAUUCUACUACUUUUGAGGAAAUAACAGAAGAGGCGGAAGAAGAGACAACAAAAAAGAUGAUUAUAGUUAGUCUGUGGUGCAUUCAGACCAAUCCUUCAGAUCGGCCAUCAAUGGGUAAGGUGAUAGAGAUGUUAGAAGGGACCCUUCAAUCCUUACCAUUUCCACCAAAGCCUUUCUUGGAUUCACCUACAAGGUCACCUUAAGAUUCAACCAUGACUUCAUAGUCAUAAAAAUCCAACAUUUAAAAUUGGUGCAAUUGUAUCGAAAAUUCAAAGAAGAAUAGAUGAUCUUAUUGUUGUGCGUGUUUUGCUUGCUUACACAAUGUUGUAUAUAUACAAUUUGAG